AUGUCCGCCUCGCUCUCUCCGGAGCAGUACGGCUCUCACCAGUCCCAGAGCCCUCCCGAUGGCUCCGAAGGCAAGAGUCCCGUAGGGCUGAACCUCGACUUUUUCAAAAGCCUAAAUGACAAGCGCUCCAAUCGGGAUGGCAAAACGCCCAAGCGCCGAGGCCCGAAGCCGGAUAGCAAGCCAGCUCUAACGCGCCGACAAGAACUCAACCGACAAGCCCAACGUACCCAUCGCGAACGCAAAGAACUAUACAUCAAAGCCCUCGAGGACGAGGUUCUCCGACUAAAGGAAAUAUACAGCUCCCUCUCGCGCGACCGCGAAAAGCUCGCCGAGGAAAACCGUCUCCUCAAAGAUACACUGGUGCGGAACGGGAUCAAUGUUCCCGGCGCUGGUAACGGCCGCGAUGACAAUAACAACAACCCCAGCGCCGGCUCAACAGGCUUCGGUGGCGGCUCGCAAGGCCCAUUCUCGCCGAGACAGGCCCCGUCGCACGGCUCGGCUCCGUCCGCCGGGGGCGGCAACUAUACCAACCCAUCACAGUUUCACGGUAACCAGUUCAGUGCAUCCCCGCCACAGCACAUUCCGGCGACCAAGCUGGACGUCGAACAGGCCGGAAUCGACUUUGUUCUAGCCCUAGAAAAGCCAUGCAUGGCUCACAUGCCGUUUCUCAUGGACAGGGCGUCGGGGGCUGAGGGGGAACCCUGCGGCCACGCCUUGAUGGCAUCAUGCCCACCUGCUCCUUUCAAAGACAUACCACCCUCAUCGUCGUUUGCUGGCACAGAUGGUACCGUCAUCAAGAAGGAAGAACUCCCAAGCCAAGGAACAUGGCAGGUAACCAGGGCCGACCUUUCGACACUUAUGGACCUAAGCAAACGCCUUGAUCUCGAUGGCGAGAUAACGCCCGUCAUGGCUUGGGGCAUGAUUAUGAGCCACCCGCAGUUCGCGGCGCUUUCGGCGGUGGAUGUUCAGCGCAUCGCCGAGGACCUUGGCCGUAAAGUCAGAUGUUACGGAUUUGGCGCUGUGAUGGAAGACUUUGAACUGCGAGACGCUUUCGAGAGCGUCUGCGCAAACAGAUUGGAGCAAAUGGCGUUUUAA